AUGGGAAAGAAGCGUGUUCUCGUCAGCUAUGGCGUCGAUGUCGAUGCGGUCGCAGGCUGGCUAGGAUCCUACGGGGGAGAAGACUCGUCCAACGAUAUCAGCAGAGGUGUUCAACGGGUGCUGAAAUUUCUCGCCAAAUACGACAUCAAGGCUACAUGGUUCAUUCCAGGACACAGCCUCGAGACCUUCCCCGAGGACAUGGCCGCUGUGCGAGACGCUGGGCACGAAAUCGGGCUACAUGGCUAUUCGCAUGAGAACCCGACAGAUAUGACCAUCGAUCAACAAAGAGAAAUCCUCGAUAAGACAUAUCGCAUGCUCACAGAAUUCGCGGGCAAGCCUCCAAGAGGUAGCGUCGCACCAUGGUGGGAAACAAGCAAGGAGGGAGCCCAGCUUUUGCUCGACUAUGGUAUUGAAUACGAUCACAGUAUGAGCCAUCACGAUUGCCAACCGUAUUAUCUACGAACUGGCGAUGAAUGGACCAAGAUCGACUACAAGAAGAAGCCUAGCGAGUGGAUGAAGCCCCUUGUGAGGGGACAAGAGACAGGGCUCGUGGAGAUCCCGGCCAACUGGUACCUUGACGAUUUGCCGCCAAUGAUGUUCAUCAAAGAUGCGCCCAACAGCCAUGGAUUCGUCAACGCCAGGGAUGUAGAGGAUAUUUGGCGAGAUCACUUUGACUACUUCUACCGCGAGUACGAUGAGUUUAUCUUUCCGCUCACAGUCCACCCGGACGUGUCUGGUCGUCCUCACGCAUUGCUCAUGCACGAGAGACUCGUUGAACACAUGAAGAAGCACGAGGGAGUAGAGUUCGUCACCAUGGAGCAGAUUUGCGACGAGUUCAAGGCGAAGACAUCGCCGGCGCAGGGAGCCGUGAUGCCUGCGGAGCCAGGCGCCAUGCUCAAGAAAGAAGCUACAGGGGCAUAG